AUGACGGCGACAGAGGCGGCCAAGGGAGCCGAAAACCCCAAGAAGCUCCAUGGGCGGGCGUUUUACGAGAGCAUUGGGAGUCCCAAGUUUAUCGUGGCUCCCAUGGUGGACCAAUCCGAGUUUGCCUGGCGAAUGCUCACACGAUCUUUCUUGCUGCCCUCGGAGCAGUCCAAGUUGCUGGCUUACACGCCCAUGCUUCACGCCCGACUCUUCUCCCAAGACGAAAAAUACCGAAAAGCGCAUUACCAGGCCGUGCGAGCGGGAUUCGACGAGCCUUGGCUGGACGGAAACCCAAAGAUUGACCGGCCUCUCUUUGUCCAGUUUUGCGCAAACGAUCCCGAGGCGCUGCUCUCUGCGGCGCAACAUGUUGUCCCAUACUGCGAUGCUGUCGACUUGAACCUUGGGUGCCCGCAGGGUAUUGCGCGCAAGGGCCACUACGGAGCGUUCCUACAGGAGGAUCAAGAUCUCAUCUUUAAGUUGAUCAACACAUUGCACAAGGAGCUCCCUAUCCCGGUCACGGCCAAAAUCCGGGUGCUGGAGACAAAAGAGAAGACUCUGGAGUAUGCAAAGAAUGUGCUGAAAGCUGGAGCUUCUAUAUUGACCGUGCAUGGACGGAGACGAGAACAAAAGGGGCACCUCACUGGAGUUGCCGACUGGGAAACGAUUAGGUUCCUCAGAGAUAGUCUGCCGCCGGAAACUGUGCUCUUUGCGAAUGGUAAUAUCCUACAAGACGGGGAUCUACAGAAGUGUUUGGACGCGACUGGAGCGGAUGGCAUCAUGUCCGCCGAGGGAAACCUCAGCGAUCCCGGCCUGUUCGGCAAUCCCCCGCCGGCAGAAGAGAAGAGCAGGGAGUACUGGAGGGGCAAGGACGGAAAAGGUGGCUGGAGAGUUGAUGCCAUCACAAGACGAUAUCUAGACAUCCUGCACAAAUACGUCUAUGACUCGGAGCCUCCGCAGAGACGGCCGCUGUUUGUCCCAGGCGACGAUACCGCCUGGAUCACAGAGACCGAGAGCUCAGACGAGCCCGCGAAGAAGAAGAGAAAGAAGGAAGACGAUAAGAGCCUCAGCACAUCGCCCAACCUCUCGGCACUGCAGCCCCACAUGUUCCACGUCCUCAGACACUUUGUCACCAAGCACACCGAUAUCAGAGAUCAGCUGGCAAGGGCCCGCAAGGACGGCAUCGACGGCUACGAGCGGGUCCUCGCGGCCGUGGAAAAGAGAGUGGCCGAGGGCCUGCUGGAAUACGAGCAGACGGACGGUCGGAGCUUCGAAGAGGAGCUGGACAAGGUGAUUAGCGAGCGGACCCUGGAGGGCGUGCCCGAGGAGGAGAGCUCCAUCGGGACCAUCAAGAGGUGUAAGCGCCCUUGGUGGGUGGCCCAGCCGAUUAUUCGGCCGCUGCCGAGCGAGGCCCUGGCCAAGGGGGCGAUUUCUCUCAAGAAGGACAAGGCCAAGGCCAAAGACAAGCCCGACGACGACGCUAAGGCGAAGAGCGCAGAUGGGGUGGCUGAGGAUAACAAGGAGACGGAAGCACAGCAGCAGACAAAGCAGGAGAUUGCGUCCAGAGACGAGCUCGUCUCCGGAUGA